AUCAUCUAGAGAGAGAGAGAGAGAGAGAGAGAGAGAGAGAGAGAGAGAGAGAGAGAGAGAGCAAGAAAGAGAGAGAGGGGGAAAAGGAUGAAGGGAACUUGCUGCUUUAUUCUCUUGAUAACCAUCACCAGCCUUGGUUUAUUGUCAUCCUUUGUGAAUUCACAAACAGAUUCUUGUAGCUUAAAUCUUAACCUCAAUGCUGUUGUCCCUUUCAAUACGUCUUCCCUCCACUGCCUUGCUGCCUGGGAUGCUGAAGGCUUCAUUCUUAGAUAUGAGCAAAGUUCAUCAAAUGUAUGGAGCUUUGUUCUCUCAGCACCAGGAGAUACAAAUUCAUAUAUAGCAAUUGGGUUCUCAAGCAAUGGAAAAAUGGUGGGUUCGAGUGCGGUUGUGGGGUGGUCUUCUAAUGGUACUGGAGUGGUCAAACAAUAUUAUCUUGGUGGAACUUCACCACGCUUGGUGGAGCCAGAUAAAGGCAACCUUGAGCUUCUCCCCAACUCAUCCUCCAUCAUCGCUCAGUCAUCUCGCCUCUACCUUACCUUCCAGUUGGAAACCAACCUGCCCCUUUCUCGCCUCAUUUAUUCCGUUGGACCCGACGGAAUUUUCCCGGCGGCCCCCAAUUAUAUCUUGACGCAGCACCGGAACAAGGUCUCCACCUCAGUUAAUUAUAAUACAGGACGAACUGUAUUACAGACCCCAUAUAAAACUCUAAAACGGAGCCAUGGAAUACUCAAUAUGCUAGGAUGGGGUAUUUUAUUGAUCAUUGGAACAAUUAUUGCUCGCCACUUGAAGCAAUGGGACCCAGUUUGGUUCUAUCUACAUGCUGUCAUUCAAUCAUUGGGAUUUGGAGUUGGAUUAGCAGGUGUUAUUUGUGGAUUUAUCUUGAACGAUAAGCUAGAUGCUGAUGUCUCUGCCCACAAGGGUCUCGGGAUCUCAAUUCUUGUUCUUGGCUGCCUCCAGGUGAUGGCCCUUUUGGCUCGACCAGACAAGGAAUCCAAAAUUCGAAAAUACUGGAAUUGGUAUCACCAUACCUUGGGAAGGAUUUUAAUUAUUUUUGUGGUGGCAAAUAUCUUCUAUGGAAUCCAUUUAGGAGAAAGUGGAAAGGGAUGGGCUGCUGGUUAUGCUGCUGUUGUUACUAUCAUGUUUGUGGUUGCUCUUCUUUUAGAGUUGAAGAUGUGGUGUAGAAAGUAAUUUUAUUAAAAUCUCUUUUUAUUAUUAUUAAUUUUUUGGGUCUAUAUAUAUAGAUUCCCUAGGAUCUGUUUCAUUUGUAUUGCCAACUGGAGAGUUUUGGGGGGUUAAAAUACAUUCAAUUUGUUUUGUUAAAAAGCACUGAAUAUCAGAAACUGUCCGCAGCUUGUGUUUUCAUAUUUGGUAGUAAU